CCCAACCAAUGCAUUAGAUGAAUGCAGGACAUAACGUCGAUCUAUUCUCAAAUGGAACUACAAGAAAUAUCAUGACCAGCUCUUCUCAUUACUCGUUAUAUUAAAACCUCUUCUCAUCGAAAAUAGAGAAAUCAUGAGCAAAGUUCUAUCUACCUUCUCACCAUGGAGUCGGCAUAUACCAAAGACGGUUCCUCUAUGCCGUUGUUUCAGUGAGACAAUAUCACCAAGAAAGGGAAUACCGCGACUGGUAGCAGUAGCUGAGGAAUACACCACCACUGAAGCAUUUCGCUCACGAUCAUUUGAACUCGAAAAGCCAGUCGUCUUUGGUAAAGACCAGGGUUCACCGGCUGCCAAUCUGCCUGCGUUGGAGAACUGGUUUAUAGACGAGGAAGACCCAUACUACACAACGCACACAACAACUCCACGGCAGCCUUUGUCGUGGCACUUCCGCCGCUUUCGCAAUCCCAUGGUCACUUAUGAGAUAUACGCUCCAUCUCAGAAGCAGAAGGACAGCCUUGUGAUGUUUCGAGAUUCUCUUGACAGAGAUAUCCACGAUGAUGCCAUUGCGAGGAGUUGGGACAACUGUUUCAAUCAGGAGGCUAUGGUUGACGGUGUCCUCGACGAAACAGUCAACAAUAUAGUCAACAGGGAUUUCUAUCGAUUCACUGCACCUCUCCGUCUUUUCAAUAAGAUAUACCACUUCAAUAAAGUCUUGCUGAGCAUGGGGCUUCCGAGAAUAUCAGUCUACAUUGCUCAGUGCUCCAUAGGGGAUCUCCCCAAGACCCUCCAGGACGACCUUCCCACUCCAGAAAUCAUCAAGUUUGUUGGAAAGGGAGACAUAUACGACUCUAGCAUAUGGCUCGGCCUAGUGCCGACGUAUACACCUCUACACCGAGAUCCAAACCCCAACUUCUUCUGCCAGCUGUCCGGGAACAAGGUCCUCAGGCUCAUGCUACCAAAGUCGGGAGACGCACUCUUCGGCGAAAUACAAGCUAAAAUGGAAAAGACAGACAAUGGUCGGCUACGAACGGAGGAUAUGAUGCAGGGCGAGGAGCGGGAAAUGCUGCAUGAUGCUGUUUGGGGCGACGAUAAAGCACCAGUAGGGCUUUUCGAGGUUGUGCUAGAGCCUGGCGACUCCAUGUUUAUCCCUGCACAUUAUUGGCAUUCUGUUAAGAGCGUGGGAUGGGAUGGAGAAGUGAACUGCUCGGUCAAUUGGUGGUUUCGAUGAAUCAACCACAGAUAUAGCCGUGUCGCAAAUUUCUUGUACAUUUACGAUGUUAUACUAUGUAAUAUCAGCCUUUACGAACAGGUCUACAGAUGACCCAAUUGACAUAUCCGCACGGCCAGAGGUGCAUCUCACUACCACUCCUAACCUCCCAUUUGCUCGUGUCUGCACCACAAGACCGCAACAAAGCCUCAACUUCU